AUGUCUGAUACUUUGUUACAGUUGCCAGCAGCCUCCGAAUGCUGCUGGGCUCUCCCCCCACCCACCGAGAGCUUUUCAUUCAUUAGGUCAGAGUGGGGCGGGAGCACCUGCAUUUUCGAAGGGUCCCGGCUGGCCUUGGCAGAGUUAUAUGAAGAUGAAGUGAAAUGCAAAUCUUCCAGAUCUGACAGACCUAAAGCUACAGUCUUCAAAAGCCCACGAACACCACCUCAGAGGUUCUAUUCAAGUGAACGUGAAUACAGUGGAUUACACGUAGUGCGGCCUUCACCUGGGAAGAUGGUGAAUGAACUUUUCAAAAAGGCAAGGGAGCAUGGGGCUGUCCCUCUACAUGAAGCCACAAGAGCCUCCGGUGAUAACAAACCUAAGUCCUUUACAGGUGGAGGAUAUAGGUUGGGUACCUCCUUUUGUAAGCGGUCCGAGUACAUCUAUGGAGAAAGUCAACUGCAAGAUGUUCAGGUUUUGCUUAAACUGUGGAGCAAUGGUUUCAGUUUAGAUGAUGGAGAGCUGAGACCUUACAAUGACCCCCCAAACGCCCAGUUUCUGGAGUCUGUUAAAAAAGGAGAGAUCCCCCUGGAGCUUCAGCGGCUGGUUCACGGCGGCCAUGUGAACUUGGAUAUGGAGGACCAUCAGGAUCAAGAGUACAUAAAACCUAGAUUGAGAUUCAAGGCUUUUAGUGGAGAAGGACAAAAACUUGGAAGCCUGACCCCUGAGAUAGUCAGCACCCCGUCAUCCCCUGAAGAGGAGGAUAAGUCCAUACUUAACGCCGUUGUUCUCAUUGACGAUUCAGUGCCAACGACCAAGAUUCAAAUCAGAUUAGCAGACGGGAGUCGUUUGAUACAAAGAUUCAAUAGUACGCACAGGAUCCUGGAUGUCCGGGACUUUAUUAUCCAGUCCCGUCCUGAAUUUGCAACUCUUGACUUUAUUCUCGUGACGUCAUUUCCAAACAAAGAGCUUACAGAUGAAAGCCUGACACUACAAGAAGCAGAUAUUCUGAACACUGUGAUUCUCCAGCAGCUGAAAUAACACUGCUCCUGCCCUUGCAGUAGCAUGUAGGAGAGACCGUGUGCCGCACUAAUAAGGAAAACACGUGUAACAUUAAGAACACGAACUAUUUUUAUUAUUUAUACAGAUAAAUUUUGGUUUUAUUCUUAUCCUGUCUUCCAACCUUAGUAUAGAUGAAUUUGGACAAGGAAUAGAUUUGGGGAUACACAUGUUUGAGGUUUUCGCUGCUGGGCUGGCUUAUGUUGAUAGCCUGUAAAUGUCCAGGCAAACCAAUCUGUUACAUGCCCUGUGUUAACGUAACAUUUGUUUGCAGAGAAAAUGAACAAAACCCCGUUUUGAUAAUUGUGCUUGGUAAAAUUUGCACUAAAGUUUCUCGAUGCUCAUUGAUCAACAGCCAUCGAGAGAUCUUCUGAUCAAAUCGUUUUGAAAUGUUUUCUGUGAUGUAUACUGAAAAGUAUCCGUAUUCUGAUUUUGAAAUGCGUUGAUAGUGUAAUUAUUCCUCCUAUUAAGAUUAUAUGCAUCCUUUUUACUUACUGAUUUAGCUCUAUUACUGUGUCAAAAAAGACAGUUCGGCCUUGUAUUUCACAGAACUAUGACCAUCAGAGACCAGAAACAAAGAGAUAAAUUCCAUCAGCAGUUCUUGAGAAGAUCUGUUAAAUAGCACUUUAGAAUAAUUACAGUCCCUCCCAGAGCCCGUCUUGAUCACAUCCAUUUAAUCAUUCAUGUUUUUCUAGGGGACCCACUAUAUAUAGUGAGCACUGUUCUAAGUGUCCAACCCAGAAUGUAUCCUACUCCAGGGCAAAAUGAGUGUACAGACUCAGAAAUGUAAAAUCCGUCAGCCAGACUGGAUCUGAGGAAUUACCAGCAUAAAUGCCUGCAUUUCUGCCGAAGCCGGCUACUUCCUGAAUAAGGCAGGCUACGUCAGGCAGGAUAGGAAAGCUUUUUCUUCUUCCCAGAUGCCAUUUCAUCUUUGGCCACCACUCCUGGUUCGUUUCCUGUGGCUGCUGUAACCAGUUACUCUAACCUCAGAGGCUUAAAAUAGCACAGAUUUGCUCUCUUGUAAAUCUGUAGGUCGGACGCCCACCGAGGGUCUCACCGGCUAAGGUGAGGCAUUGACCAGGCUGUGUUCCUUUGGAGAGGCCCUAAAGGAGAAUCCUUUCCGUACGUUGCUCCGUUCUGUGGCCCACGGCCCCCUCUUCAUCUUCAGCGCCAGCGCUACUGACUUUUCUCUGUGUGACAUCGCGUUAACAACAGCCAGGAAAGGUUCUCUUGCUUUCAAGGACUCCUGUGAUUGGACUGGGCCCACCAGAGUUCAGGGUUAUCCCCCCGCCCUAAGGCAUGUGGGACCUUAGCUGCAUCUUCAAGCCCCUUUCACCCUGCACAGGGCGUCUCUCUUCCUGCGCGGCCGUGUCUCUCCCUGCACAGCGACGUCUCUGCCUGUGCGGCGGCCUCUCUCCCUGCGCAGCGGCGCCUCACAGCUUCCCUCCAGAGGCUCCAGGGGUGAGUCUGUUCUUUGCCUCUUCCAAGGCUAUUGGCAUCCGUCCAGUCCCGCUUCUGUCCUUGCAUCCUUUACUACCAACUUUAUUUCUCCUGUUUUCCUCUUACUAGGACCCUUGUAACCUUUGGUUUCCCUAGAAUCUUAAAGGACCAGAAGAAUCUCAUCUCAAGAUACCUACCCACAUCGGCCGAAAUCCUUUUCCCGUGUAAGGUAACACAUUACAGGGACGGUGACUGGAACAUGAACAUUUUGGGGGCCGCUCUGACUCCCAGAGUCACUCCUGCAAAGGCUCACCUGCAUGCCACAGAAAGUCACCCCAUCCAAAGGUGCUGCAAAGUCUCAGCCCAUUACAGCAUCAACUGAGUGCAGAAUCUUACCUGAAUCCCGCCAGGUCAGAAGUCCCGAGACUCCUUUAAAUCUCUGAACCAAGUAUGAGUGAGGGUCUGGGUGUGAUUUCUGGGACACAGUUCCUCUCCUCCUGUGUGCCUGUGAACCCAGAAAACCAGUUCUCUGCUCCCAAACAUAAGGGCCGGGCGGGCAUAGAAUAGAGUUUAUAGACAUCGUUCUGUUCAAACAGAACAAUGAGAAAAGGAGCCACCGUGCCAAGCGAUUAGAAGCGAGCCCGCACACCCCGGGAGGUCCCAAAUCCCAGGAGCAGUCCUCUGUGGCCCUCGGGCCCGGCUAGGCUCGGAGCCCUCUGCUCCCUCGUGAAAGGGAGCACCUGUUUGCCGCCGAGUCGUUUUAUCAGCUUGUUUCUUACCUGUGGACUUGCAGGAAGUCUGACCACCUUUCAUUUCAUACCAUCUCCAUCCAUUUCACGUCUGCGGGUCCAGCAGAGAGGAUCUACGAGUCACACCCUUAACCUCUUCAAAGAACCUACAGUGUGACCAGGCCCUCCUCAGGCUGUAUGGCUACACCUUCUUCUCUUUCUUUCCCUUGAGCAGGCUUUCCUGACAGUGAAUCUUGAUUUUAGUGUCUUUUGUCGUUUGGGUGGACAGAGAAUCUGCAAGUCAUUUCUGAGUCCCGCUGUCUUUAUAUUUCACUGUUCUCUCCGGGAUGUAUCCGUCCCCUCUCACAUUCUACUGUAACUGGCAAGAAGAAAGCAGGCCGCCCCUUGCACACUCUGCUUAGAACCCUCUUCAGCCAAAUAAAUGUCAUAGGUGUUUUUAGCUUCUUUCCACACAACUGCUGACACGGUGUCGCUAAGCUUUUUGCCACUCUAUAGCCAGCAUCCUUUCCUUCAGUUUCCAACGGCAUGUUCCUCAUUUCCUACGGACCCUCAUUGGCAGCACCUUUAAUAACACCCUUAUUCCUUGUCACGGUCUGUUCACGUAAUCUUGAUGGCAGUUUAGAGAUUCUCUAGCCUCCUCGUUACGUCCUUCCGGCCCUCAUAGCGUCAACAUCCAUACAUCUGCCAACGGCAUUCACGGCGACCUUGCCUCUUUCUGUCAUGCUCCUCAGUGCUCUUCCAACCUCGACCCACGGCCGGAUCGCAAAGCUCCGCCCUCAUUCCUAGGCAUGUUUUUUCCAGCAGCACCCCAUUUCUAAGUAUCUGGGGGAGACUGCUGUGCCUGUCGCUGCCACGUGACAUGCAGGUGCCAACAGGAAACCUGGAAGUCGCCUUCCUCCGGGGGCUCUGACAUUUCAAGGAGGUGAAUUGGCCUGCAGUAGAGGUCUUCCUACCGGCAGUGCCCAGAGCGGCCACAGGACGGAAGUGUCCUCUCCCCGCCACGGAGAAACUCGUUCUUGGUGCCACGGUCCAGAGUAAGACGAUUCCCCAGUCUCCUCAGAGCGAGGGGAGCCGUGCUCCUCGCCGCUGACAACCACUUGGAGGCUAUGUGAAGACACCAGGCAUGAGCUCUAUUUUCACAGGAGCAAAAUCAUCUUCCUUAGGAGAUAGUCUAUUGAGACACACGAACAUUUUCAAUAAAAGGGCAUUGCCAUAUUUUGUAUAAGCAAAACCCUGUGAAAUUGUUUGAAAUGCUACUCCUGUAGUUCCUUUUUACCAUUUAGAUGGAGUGCCUACAGAUGCUCAUGCAAAACCAACUGCCAUGUUUAUAUAGGAGCGUCUUCCACAAGGUAGGAAGUAGGAGGGAGAAUGAAGCAUUCAGGACAAUGCUUUCACACGUACUCCGUGGUAUUUUGCUUCAUUAGAGUCACUUCCCUGAAUUCUUUUUACUAUUGCGGUCACUGUAACUGAGAAGAUUUCUAAUCACCCCCAAAAAGACCACAUUCCAUUGAACUGUUAGACGACCAUGUGUGAGGUCAGUUGUUUUGCAUGACGUGUGUGAUCAAGAAGUUUUGAGUGUCUCCUUUACCAAUAAAGAAUGUUUUCACUGAGAGUCAUUGAACAUGCUUUUCAUAAUCUCCUUGAUUUGCAGUUUUAUUUGAGUGACACAGAUUAUUUUAAAGCAUGGAGAGCAUUACCUGUGGUUUGAUUUUCUGUAGCGUAUCUUCUUGAUUGACAGAGAAGAACUGAAUUUUAGCUACGUUAUCUCAACUUCCUGUUACUGUUUUUGUUUUUAUUCCACCCAAAUAAAUGUGCAAAUUUUUCUUAA